CGUCCUCUCAGCUUCCUACAGCACCCCCACCUGCCAGAGCUGAGCCUUCCCAGGCCCUGCCUAGCCUUGAGUCGGCCCUCAAUCCUUUUGGCUUCAGAAGUCUUCUUAACCCCAAUGAGAGGAGGGGCAGGUCCAGGCCUAUUGAGAGCUGAGGGCUGAAGGCAUUGAGUCUACGUACAGACCCAUCACCUCUGUCCCCAAAGACUCUCUACCCUCCAUGCGGAGUCAAGAUGGGGAACAGAACCGAGGAGGAUUAUAACUUUGUCUUCAAGGUGGUGCUGAUUGGCGAGUCAGGAGUGGGCAAGACCAAUCUGCUAUCCCGAUUCACCCGCAAUGAGUUCAGCCACGACAGCCGCACCACCAUUGGGGUUGAGUUCUCCACCCGCACUGUGAUGCUGGGCACUGCCGCAGUCAAGGCUCAGAUCUGGGACACAGCUGGCCUGGAGCGGUACCGAGCCAUCACUUCAGCGUACUAUCGUGGUGCUGUGGGGGCUCUACUGGUAUUUGACCUAACCAAGCACCAAACGUACGCAGUGGUGGAGCGCUGGCUAAAGGAGCUCUACGACCAUGCAGAGGCCACCAUAGUUGUCAUGCUCGUGGGCAACAAGAGUGAUCUCAGCCAGGCCCGGGAAGUGCCCACUGAGGAGGCCCGCAUGUUUGCCGAAAACAAUGGGCUGCUAUUCCUGGAGACCUCAGCCCUGGACUCCACCAAUGUUGAACUGGCCUUUGAGACUGUCCUCAAAGAGAUCUUUGCAAAGGUGUCCAAGCAGAGACAGAACGACACUCGGACCAAUACCAUCACCCUGGGCAGACAGGAGCCAGGAUCUGGGGAGAAAAGGGCCUGUUGCAUCAACCUCUGA